AUGUCAGAAAUUCCCGAAAAUACUGAAAACCCAAAGACGUCGGAAGGCGCUACGCAAGGUGAAAGCGAUGUUCCGAGCGGGGAAUUAACACGCGAGGAGAUGAAGGCAAAAAUAAAGAGGAUGAGUCGAAAGAUUGCUUCUCUGAAAAAGAAAUCAGCAAGGUCGAAAAAGGCUAGCAAGGUGACUCCCACCAAGCUAGAUUUUGAUGGAGAAGGUGGUAGGAAGGAAUGCGGCAACCCUGAGGAUGGAGCUGACCCUGAGAUGGAUGAUAGAGAGCACUCGCCGUCAAAAAUUGUCUCCUUUCAUGAUGAUGAGGAAAGCUCAGGGUCGCACAAUGACAAUGAAAUAAGCAAAAAGAAAGAUCGGCCCCUGGAUGAUGACUAUGAGGUUGCACUUGAUGAUAGGGAUGAUAAAUGCAAGAUGGAAGAGCUGCUGGAAGCCCUAAAGAAGGUGAAAGCCGAUAAGAAGUCGAAAGCCGAGCUUACCGUUAAGUCACCAUUUACUAAGAAGGUUAGGGAGUCACCCCUACCUCGUAUCCACAGGGGGGUUGGCGACCUGCGAUUUAACGGAACCACAGAUCCCGUGGAAUAUCUUAGCCAGUUUGACACCGAUAUGGAGGUCUACCAGAUUCAAGACCUCACAAAAUGUCGCUUGUUGGCUGCAACCCUGAGGGAUGAUGCUCACCAUUGGUUCAAGAGGCUUCCCGGUGAUUCCAUCAACUCUUGGAGGAAAAUGUGUGAACUAUUUGUGGGCCAAUUCAGGGCUUCCGUCACUUAUGUCCCACCUGCCAACACUCUGGCUAAUAUUAAGCAAAAGGAACACGAGACAUUAAGGGAGUAUUUCAAACGCUUCAACUCGGAGAAGGAAUUGCAAGGACGGGAGCCUGAAACCCUGGCUGACUUCUUCGCUAAGGCUAAACCCCAUAAGGUGAUUGAGGAAUCACUAGCUAAGUUAAAGAAGGAGUCGAAGUCUGAAAGCUGUAGCAGCUGGAAGAAUAAAAGGGAUAGGUCCCACAGCCCAGACAGAAGGAACACCUAUAAGAGGAAUCCCUACGUAAGGCCUGCUGAUGAGAAGCCUUCAAGCCGAGAUGGCAAGACUUCACCUAUUACUGUGAACACAACCAACACGCAGGGCUUCGAUAAGUCGAGACUCACGAUGAGGAAGGCAAGAGAAACGAGGUAUCAUGAAUACACGCCUCUAACAGCCUCCAUAUAUCAUAUUUUCGAGGUUGAAGAUAAGGCGAGACUCUUCCGGAAGCCCUUCCGAAAUGGACCCCCGGGGAAGAAGGACCAGGGAAAAUAUUGUGCUUUCCACGACUUGAACGGACACGACACGGCGGAAUGUGUUCAUCUUAAAGACCACAUAGAGGAUCUUAUCAAAACAGGAUACCUGACGGAGUUUGUAGCCAAGAGGCUAAGAAGUAUAAGGAAAAGAAAGCUGAAAGAACGAAUAACCAGGAAGCCAACCGUAACACUCGAGCUGGCAGUGUACGGAUGA